UUCUGUUCCGGUGCGCCGAUCCCGUUUGCAGUUUUAUCGCAAAUAUUAAUUCAAACGCAAUGUUUAGUGUAGGAAACCUACUUAGGAAAACACCUCUCAUAGUCUCUGUGAGACAUGCGUCGAAGAAAACCGGUGGCAGUACUAGAAACCCAUCUGAUCACGGUCGACCAAAACAUCGCGGAUGGAAGGUGCAAGAUGGUCAUUUCGUAUCUGCUGGUACCAUCCUGGCCACUCAACGUACCCCACGAUUUCAUCCGGGUUUGAACGUUGGAUUUGGCAAGAACGGAACCAUCUUCGCUCUUGAACAUGGUAAAGUAUGCGUAACUUGCGAAAAAUUGGAGCCAAACUGGGAUCAUACAUGGGUUCAGCGGAUCUAUGCCGGUCGAGAAAAUCAAACGAUUUAUAAGAAAUUUUUCAAUGUAAUUCCGGUUGAACAGCAUCAGCGGUUCAAGUUGAUCGAAGAAGUUUGAAUAAAUUGUUUUACGAUGAGUUAAUUUUAGAA